AUGCAGCCGCCCCGCGACGACCUCACGUCCCCGAAGGAUGCCCCGAUUACACUGGAGGAGCUCAGGAAGUACGAUGGCUCGGACUCGUCGAGGCCUAUCUACGUCGCGAUCAAGGGCACGGUCUUCGACGUGACGCGCAAGGCGGACACGUAUGGGCCGGGGAAGAGCUACAACCUGUUCGCAGGGAAGGACGCCUCGAAGGCCCUCGGGAUGUCGAGUCUGAAGGAGGAGGACGCGGUGUCGGACUAUAGCGCACUGUCGGAGGCGGACUUGAAGACUCUGAAUGACUGGCACGACUUCUUCUCGAAACGAUACAACGUCGUCGGCAAGGUCUCCGACCUCCCGCCCAUGGCGAAUGGCGGAGGACAAGCAAACCUUUGA